CUCUCCAUCUGCUUUCUAUACGCCGACUGCUGUAUUACUUGUACACUCACUCACUCACUCACACCAUUCCACUCCACUCCACUUACACUCACCGCUACAGCUGCUAUCAUAUGGAUGUACACAGCGCUUCAGAGAGGUAACCAUGGCGAAAGCGAACUUCUUCCACGAGAUAUUCCUAUUAUUGUUUUUUCUCUGUAUUCCUGUUUCAAGAACAGAAGAAGAGGUUAAAAGAAUUUCAUUUGAUUAUUACCAAUGCAAUAGGAAGACUUAUAUUGAUGUGACGAAAACCAAGUUCGAGGUAAACACACUGAGUCAGUCAACUGUCCUAUAUAGGGCCACAAGUUGUAACCUGACUUUUAAAACAGAAGACGGAGAUAUCUGUAUGGACAUUAAGAACAUUAACAUAGAAGACUGCUAUGUCAAGUUAAAUGUUUUUACAGACAACACAAGUGGACCGAAGGAGGUGUUCUCAUGCAACCCAUCACCAACAGAUUUCAUCUGCAGCCAAAGAAAACUUUUGAGAAUAGAAUUAGUCCGGAAAGAUCUGGAUGUCUUUAAUUAUGACUUCACAUUAAUUGUGAUGAGAAAGGAUGUUAUCCAACUAAGGAAAACAGAUGUCGUUUCAGAUGGCCCGAUGAAAACCAUCAUUAUAACAAUAGUCGUUAUAAUAAUUAUAAUCAUCACGAUCGUAAUUGCUGUAUGUUAUUGCUCUAAAUGUUCCAAAGAGAAAAGAACUGUUAACGGCACAGUCCUUCCCGCACAACCGACCAACCAUACACAAAUUAGACCUUCAGCGCCACCUGCAGACGAGGUUUACGGACCCACAUUUGAAGAUCUUUCAAUGCUUACUAUGCUACCAAAAGAUGACCCUCCACCUUAUUCAGAACAUUCUUGAAGACUCUGUACAUAUAUGUUUCUGCGCUUUCUCCUCUGGCGAAAGGGUCUUUUAACACAACACAAAGACUAUAGAUUCACAUUUACGAUGUUCCUUUUGCGUUUUGGGUGACUGAGCAAGGCAUUGAGAUAUAACAAAGAGGACAGUGAUGAUGAUAAUGAUGAUGAUGAUAACAAGCAGGAAGAAAUCGUAACUUGAAGAACAAUGGAGAAUACUGGGAUAUACUCUGAAAGAUGAUGCGAAUGGAUGUGUACAAUGAAUUCUUUUGGUAUUCACAGUUAUUAUAACAAGGCUGUGCUGAGACUUCACGGAGAACAAUGUCUAAAUCUAUCUAUCUAUCUUUCUUUCUCUCUAUCUAUCUACUUACCUACCUAACUACCUACCUACCUAUCUAUCUAUCUAUGUAUCUAUCUAUCCACACAAUUUUCUCCUUAUCUAUAAACACACACACACACAUGUAGGUGUGUCUGUAUGCAUAUGUGUGUAUGUAUGUUUGUGUGCAUGUGUGUGUGUAUAUGUGUGUGUGUGUAGUUGAAUUUACAAAGAGGGAAAGUGGACGUUAAACGAUGACGAUGACGACGGCGAUGACAAAAAGUACACAAAUACAAGAGUGCAAUAAGAAAAAGUCACCCUUUUUGUCUACAACUCAGGAUUCACUUCAUUGAUCCUCUGAUUAUCAUGUUAACAUUUUUCUGUGAAAACUGCCUGUAACAAACUCAGGAUAACGAUGAAUGAAAGAAAGCCCCACUCUGGAAUAUAUGUAUGUAUGUAUGAAUAUAUAUAAUGAAUGAUGAAUUGGAAUAGCGAAGGAAUAAGAAGAAAUUAUAUCAUGACCUGCAUUAGCUCACAGCUGUUUCUGGUACUAGAUGCAGCACACUCCGAGUUGAGUGUGCUGAGUAACACCUUAUAUCUUCAUUGGAGCUUCAAACAUAAAGUGCAUAUAUAUAUAUAUAUAUAUAUAUAUAUAUAUAUAUUGAGUUCUAACACUAAGAUAUUAGUAUCACUAUGCCUAAUUGAAAUAAUAAUAAUAAUAAUAAUAAUAAUAAUGAUAAUAUAUAUAUGUAAUAUAAGGAUAAAAUCUAUAUAAGAUUUUAUGAAGUAGCCAGCAUGCAAAACCAAUUAACGAAAAAAAUUAAUAUAAAGUAUAUAAUUUUUUUCUUUAUAUUUAAAAUACAUUACUAUGUCAAGUCACACUAUGUAGGGCAAUCAGUAAGUUGUCAUAACAAUACUCAGAGUUUCAAAUACUGGAGCUGAGAGCUUUAAGGCAUUUUUCAUCAGUUAUUAAGACAAGAAACGCUAUGAAAAAACCCCCAACUGAUGAAAAAUGCCUGGAAGGCCUCAGCUCCGGUAUUUGAAACUCUGAGUAUUAUUAUGGCAACUUACUGAUUGUCUUAUAUAUAUAUAUAUAAAUUCCUCUAUUUACAUAAUAUCGAGGUCUCAUUCAUUCUUUUG